AUAAAAUCUCAGCUGUUAAAUGAAUGAAUAAAAAGCUAAAUAUUUUUUGCAACAGAAAAUCGUAAGAUUUUUUGAGUUAGUUAUUUUCUAAUUACCUUACCUUCUUGAGUGAAUUACAAUAAUGUUAUUAAAUGAUUUACCUGAUGUAUGUCUUUGGAUGAUCUUCGCCAACAUUUAUGAAUUAGAAGAGUUGAUCCAAUUGUCUAAAGUUUGUUCGAAAUGGGCCAAUUUAAUUUCUGAAAGAUUCAAAAGAGUUAAAUAUCUUGUUAACUAUAUUGGCGAUCUUGACGUGGCCACAAUAUGUAUGAAUUACCCAAUAGAAACACUUAAACAUCACAAUUUACGAGAAUUGUUGCCAAAUCUCAGGAUUGUCUCUGUUUAUAACGAUUUCUACUUGGAUGAAUUGAAAGUUUCAAAGUUUAGAAAAGUGUUUAACAAUAAUCCCAAAAUUAAAGGAGUGAUUGGAAUAAAUAAACUUCGCAAACUGGAUUUGAGAAAUAUCGAAAUGAUCGCAAUGGACAAUAUGGUUAAUUACUUGGAACUUUUUCGACCUGAUCAGUUGAAACAAUCAAAAUUUGAAGAUUUCGAUCUCGCAUAUCUUGCAGAGUACGCUGAAUACUUUCCAAAUUUAAAGCGACUCCAUAUCAGUGGAUUCAUUGAGAAGCAAAUUUUCAAUAACAUUGGCUCGAAAUUGUCUAACCUGAAAAUUCUGGAAUAUUUUCCAAUCGGAUCGGAUGAAAAAUUGGACGAAUUUCAUUUGAUAGAUUUUUGUCCGGCUUUGGAAAGUGCUUUCAUUCGCGGCGCUUCUGAUGGUCAAUAUAUUGAUGCGUCUAUAAAGAACUACAUGCUAAGAGAUUUGGUGAUUGAAAUACCAUGGGUGGAAAUAGAUCUGAUGGCUUGGUCAUCCAUGCGAAUUCUGCUGUCCAAAUUUCCAAAUUUACAUAACCUUGCGAUUAGAGGAAGUGGUGAAAAGUUUGAGGAUAACCAUAUAAAAGAACUGGUUGAAUUAUUACCAGAAAUAAAACUAUUGGACUUCAGGGAAUCUAAAAAAUUUACUGAAAAUUCAGCUGAUUUCUUGUCUGAAUAUUGUCGCGAAUCUAAUCGACCAGUUAAAAUCUAUUAUGAUUGUGAAAAUGAACCGAGUGAAUGGCCUAAAUUAAGCACUGCUGGCGAUUCAGUUGUCUACGGAUUCGAUUUCAUGAAGCAUCAUUUUUAUAAGCAUUUUCGCACUCUUCCGGACCUAAUUGAUGAAUAAAAUUAACCCGAUCCAUGAAAGAUUUUGAGAAAAAUUGUUUCAAGAGUUUUUUUACUCUUCCGGAUCUAAUUGAUGAAUAGUAUUCUCAAAAUCUCAAUAUUUCUAAUAAAAAUUCCAAUUUGCAUUUCCAAUCUAAUGAAGUUCAAUUUAAUGAAAGUUAUCAACGAUAAUCUCAAGAUG